AUGUCUGGUCGCGGCAAGCAGGGAGGCAAGGCCAGAGCCAAGGCCAAGUCUCGUUCUUCCCGAGCCGGACUCCAGUUCCCGGUCGGUCGUGUUCAUCGCCUGCUGCGGAAAGGUAACUACGCCGAGCGGGUGGGCGCCGGCGCUCCCGUCUACCUGGCGGCGGUGUUGGAAUAUCUCACGGCAGAAAUCCUGGAGUUGGCCGGAAACGCUGCUCGGGACAACAAGAAGACCCGUAUUAUCCCCCGCCAUCUGCAGCUGGCCAUUCGCAACGACGAAGAGCUCAACAAACUCCUGGGCAAAGUGACGAUCGCUCAAGGGGGCGUGUUGCCCAAUAUCCAGGCGGUCCUCUUGCCCAAGAAGACGGAAAGCCAUAAAGGCAAAUGACCUGCUGUUGCCCGACGGGCAAGUGCUUCG